UAAUUCAAAAUUUUGUAUAAAUAAAGUCUCUCUUAAUGAGAGUUUCAUCAAAAAGUGUCGAAAGUUGGUUGGGAUUACUAAUAAAACUAUUUCUCACGCAUAAAAAUGCUGAAACGAACAUUCAUCACCCAAAUAUUAUUAUUUGGGAUUUUUGCCAUUGUAAUUGAGGCAGCACCCAAAAAAGGGAGUGACGGUGCAAGUUCAAGUUCAUUCAAUCCGAUGAAAUCGUUGAAAAAAAUGCUCACAAAAGAGACAUUUUUGAAGAAAUUUGAAGUACGUGAUGUUGACAGUGGUAAAAACGUGAACUAUACCAUUAAAUAUAUACCUGAAUCAAAAUUUGGCGAAGUACUGAAAUUGAUGUCCGAACAUUAUUUGAGAGACGAACCGUUAUCCGCUUCGAAAUCCAAUGAUCGCGAAGAAGCCAAAGAAAAAUGGUUGCAAAUACUACAUGAUAAGAAGUCAGUGGCCUGCUUUGAUCAAUCAAACAAUAUCGUCGGUAUAUGUUUGUUAUAUACAAAACCAAAACAUCCAGAUCCAGAAAAACAAUUGAUGACUGGUUUUAAUAUAUUUGAAUACUACGGAGUGAAUGCGUAUUUGAGAGGCGAUAGUAUGUUAGUUUUACCAAAAUAUCGUGGACUUAGUAUUGGAAAACAUAUGUUGUCGUGCGGGAAGAAAAUUUGUAAAGAUUCUGGCUUAAAAGUUAUGUCAAGCCAUUUUACAUCCAAUUAUUCGAAUCGCAUAGCCGAUGAACUUGGCUAUGAGCCAAACGGAGAAUACGGACAAGUCGGUGAUCAUACAAUUUAUUUGAAGUCAAUUAAAUAUGACUAGAACCGCCGAUGGUCGAAUAUAUAUAUCAACCUAUAGAAGAAAUGAUACACAUGCACACUUUUUUUACACAAAAAACUCAACAACACCAAUAAUAAGCAGAUUUUCAGAUUUUUCGCCUUCCUGGUCACAAUUUUGGGAUAGGUAGUCAAUUUCCGGUCGAUGUCAAUUUUCGAAAAAUCGUAUAUACUACUAAAAUGUACUAAUUAUGUACAAUUAUGUACAACAAUUAUUAUGAUUAUGUACCAACAAAAAUUUUUCAGAA